UCAAGCCAUCCAACUCUCGGAAUAAAAGUGUUGUUCUUCUCAUUUUCAACGACUUUCAUUUUGUAAAAGCAUACACGCAUGAUUGCUCAGGUGUUGACAAGUGUGCGUAAUACGGGAAUAAAAUAAAAGCCAUAUGCCCUGAAUAUUAGUAUAUUGUCAGAUUUGUCGUGGGAUGGAGGGAUGGGGGGUGAGAGUCAGCUUGAAUCUUAUGUUGUGAAACACACUGUUACGAAUGAUAAUUGUGCAUAACAAACUUUCCAAGUCCGUUGUGUAUCCAUGAAGUUGUUGUGUUUUCCAGACCAUUCUCCGAACCCCAGUGUUCGUGUUGUAUCCUUGCAUCUAUGACGCCUAUUUCGGGAACUUGUUUUUAGGAAAUAUUCGAGGUUAGGUUCAUUUCCUUUUCUCAAUAGGACCCUGCCAAAUGAAAACUCAAGACUGGGUAAUGCUAUGUUCACGAGGUAUGUUGUUGGACAAUAUAGUUCGUUGAGAUUGAAUGAACCUUCUCCUUUUUUUCCCCACAUGCAUCAUUUUUUAUUUUCAAAAUGGAGGGAUAUCUGUUUGUCAAAAUCGGUAGAAAAUUCUUUAUUUUCAUUUCUUUAGGCUAUAGGGCUUGAAAGUCAUGUCUAAAGCGUCUGCGCAUUCGCUGAAAUCAUUCUCGACGGAGCGUUCGGUCGGGGCUUCCGAGAAGCCUUCGGAGGCAAAGGAGAUUAGCUUAAAGAAGAGCUCCACCACACCUCCGCCUGACAAGUCCCCCCAAUACGGCAGGCGCGCCGGUCGUCAUAGCCAAGGCGAUGGCAACGGGGAUGAUAGCGCGGCGAAGAAUGGGAUCCAAAGCAACUGGUUUAAAGAGGUCGACAAGGUAUACACCCCGCCACCGAAGGAUACCUACGCGAAGAACGUUCCCACCAUCGCCGACGGCGAGGAUGACCAGACGCACCGCGAGGAGCAGCGUCGGAUGCAGGAGCAGCGCGAAAAGUUCGCGAAAAAGGUGAUCGAGAUGCCAACCAACUACCAGGCGCCGAUGCCCAGUCUGAAGGAUCUCGACAUCCAUUGCAAUUGGGAUCGCCUACUGCAAAACAUUCAUAGCGUAUUCGAUAUGUCGUGCCUCACGACGUGCCUUUCCCGGGAGCUUGAUGAGGAUAUCACGUGGAAUCCUGAGAUGCUUCUUGUGCAGUUGUCUUCCGAUAUGCGGGAUGCCGCGGAGGUGAAGGCGAACGACGAGGCCAUUUUCGUUCCCGCCGAUGCCCAAGAGGUCGGCCUCAUGUCAGGCGGCGAGGUGAUUCGCAAACGGAGGGAGAAGGAGCUUCCUGUGAAGCGCGAAACGGAGGCCGCCCUACCCCCCGAAAAGGAUGAAAAGCGAAGGCCUGUACAAGAAGGCUCGUUAUUCAGCAAUCCCCCGAAAAGGAGUGAAUCCAUAAAUACGAAGGGGUCUGAAUCCAGUCGACAGGAUGGCAGGAGGAGCCCCAAUUCUGGAAAACCCAGGAGGCCCUCACGGGGCCCGCCAGGUAAGACAGCCCCCAAAACGGUAUCUCCCCAAAAUCGAAAACCUUCCAAGAGUCCAUCACAAGGGCGAUGA